AUGUUCUUGAUUCUGAACACGGCAACACAGUUCACAGCGCCGCUGCACGCAAAAAGGUUUUCCUCAGUCAAACAAGCGCGUAACGACUUCAUCGUGCACGGACACCGAACAGUGGAUUCAGAGUGCGCUCGCCGGAAGCUUCCACGAGGCUUCCACAGGACGCCUCCGUUUGCGUUGCGACUUUCAUGCACCGGCCAAACCGACCAAUAUAUGAAAUGGCUUGAAAGUACGCGGCGUCCGCCUAUGGAGGAUGGCUCCUCAAGCUCGACUAGUACGCGCCCUUUGUCGUACCUUGAGCAGCUGGAGCAACGGCGCUUGGAGCAGUCGAAUAACGCUGUCAGACCGAGAGACAGCGCUCCGGAGCAGGCCAUGAACACAGCGCGGAAACGACAGGGGUUUUGGAAGCGGUUGCAGGGUGCAUUCACUAACUUGUUCCCGGAGAAGGAAACAGCGCUUCAACGGCUGCGUUCAUACGGGCUCGCUGCAAUCCUCGCGUACGGCUUUUUCGACGCAAUCACUUAUUCAGCGAGCUUCGUUAUCGCACUUAUCACUUUCAAAAGGGCGACAGAUAAUGCACCACUAACCUGGCAAAACUUUUUGAAAGUUGUGGCGGGCAUGUGGUUGUUGAAUAAUUUCUCCCGUCCGUUUCGCAUUGCGGGUGCAUUGCUCUUGGCGCCGCUUGUAGACCAGUUCGUCGUCAAGCCAGUUGCGCGUCGCUUUAAACCCAUGUCAGGCUAA